GGUAUAUAACAAUAGUCUCGUAAAUGCUGUUGUGCUGUAACUUUUCCUUUAAUGGCAGUACUAUUACACAAUUUCCCAUCACUUAGUUCCCAUGCAGUGCAACUGUCUGAAUAUUGGCAAAUCAUAUUUGACAGCAAUUUCCUAUGCAUUAAACUGAACAUCUUCUCAGAAUAAAAGAAACUGCAUUGUUGCAGAAAAGAUGGUUUUGUGGGUGGAUAUUAGAGUAUUUUCUGGAUGUCUUUUCCUUAUAACUGGAAUUUAUAAUGUCAAGGCCUGGACUUACCAUUACAACAUAGACACUAAUAUGGACUGGACAAAAGCUCGUGAAUGGUGUCAAAAGAAUUUCACUGAUAUGGUGGCCAUCCAAAACCAGGAAGAAAUUGCAUACCUUAACCAAAUUCUACCCUUCCAUUCGUCAUACUACUGGAUUGGCAUUAGGAAGAUUGAUGGCCACUGGAUGUGGGUUGGGACCAAAAAGCACUUGGUCCCUGAAGCAGCAAACUGGGCGAGAAAUGAACCAAAUAAUCGGGGAACUGGAGAAGACUGUGUAGAGAUCUACAUUAGGAGGCAAAAAGACACAGCCAAGUGGAAUGAUGAGAGGUGCAACAAAAAGAAAGCAGCUCUCUGUUAUUUAGCCUCUUGUUCAGAUAAAUCCUGCAGUGAGCACGCUGAGUGUGUGGAGACUAUUGGGAGCUAUGAAUGUCAAUGUGACCCCGGCUUUAGGGGCCCACGCUGUGAGGAAGUUGUUCAGUGCUGGCCAGUUAAAAAUCCACAGCAAGGUUUUGUGAAGUGUGAGGGUAUCUAUGGAGCAUUUCAUUUUAACUCGUCAUGCCAGUUCCAAUGUGACACAGGGUUCAAGCUGGAGGGGGAACAAAGGCUACGCUGCCUUGCAUCUGAGCACUGGGAUAACGCACUUCCUGUUUGUCGGGCUGUCCAGUGUCUGCCGAUCAUUGAUGCCCCUGGUGGUUGGAGCAUGAACUGCACUCAUCCCCUUUCCAACAAUAGCUAUAACUCCAGCUGUGAGUUCAAGUGUGAGGAGGGAUUUGAGCUCCAAGGCUCAGAUACAACCUGGUGUGACCACACUGGCCACUGGACACACAAACCCCCCACCUGCACAGUGGUGACUUGUAAUCCUGUUCUGGCCCCUGCAAAGAGUCAUCUGACAUGUGCUGAUAUAUUUGGAAAAUUCUCUUUUCGUUCUUCUUGCAAUGUUUCCUGCGAUGAGGGAUACAAACUGAGAGGAAAAGCCACACUCAACUGUCUAAGUGAUGGCAACUGGUCGGCAGCCACACCUGCAUGUGAAGUUGUAAAGUGUGACCCACUGAAGCCCAGCCCACAUGGCUCCCUGCAAUGUUCUGACCCUGUGGAGGAGUUUGCUUAUGGCUCCACUUGUUGGGUAAAAUGUGACUUUGGUUUUGUCCUCAAUGGUACAAAUUCCACUAACUGUACCGCACAUGGGAACUGGAGUCACACCCCCCCUGUUUGCCAUGCUAUACAGUGUCCACCUUUCUCUAAUGCUCCAAGUUUUGGAAGUAUGAGCUGCACACACCCCCUCUCCAACAAUAGCUAUAACUCCAGUUGUGAGUUCAAGUGUGAGGAGGGAUUUGAGCUCCAAGGCUCAGAUACAACCUGGUGUGACCACACUGGCCACUGGACACACAAACCCCCCACCUGCACAGUGGUGACUUGUAAUCCUGUUCUGGCCCCUGCAAAGAGUCAUCUGACAUGUGCUGAUAUAUUUGGAAAAUUCUCUUUUCGUUCUUCUUGCAAUGUUUCCUGCGAUGAGGGAUACAAACUGAGAGGAAAAGCCACACUCAACUGUCUAAGUGAUGGCAACUGGUCGGUAGCCACACCUGCAUGUGAAGUUGUAAAGUGUGACCCACUGAAGCCCAGCCCACAUGGCUCCCUGCAAUGUUCUGACCCUGUGGAGGAGUUUGCUUAUGGCUCCACUUGUUGGGUAAAAUGUGACUUUGGUUUUGUCCACAAUGGUACAAAUUCCACUAACUGUACAGCACAUGGGAACUGGAGUCACAUCCCCCCUGUUUGCCAUGCUAUACAGUGUCCACCUUUCUCUAAUGCACCAAGUUUUGGAAGUAUGAGCUGCACACACCCCCUCUCCAACAAUAGCUAUAACUCCAGCUGUGAGUUCAAGUGUGAAGAGGGUUUUGUGCUCAAAGGUGCAGAUUCCACUCUCUGUGACCAUACUGGGCACUGGACACACAGUACACCCACUUGUGCAGCUGUGGCUUGUGACCCUCUUGUGGUCCCUGCACAGAGUCACCUGACCUGUGCUGAUCCAUUGGGAAAGUUCUCUUUUCGUUCUUCUUGCAAUGCUACUUGUGAGGAGGGAUACAGACUAAGAGGAGAACCCACACUCACCUGUCUGAGUGAUGGCAACUGGUCAGCACCAACACCUGAAUGUGAAGUUAUAAGAUGUGAUGCUCUGGAGUCUUUCCAGCAUGGCACUGUGCAGUGUCAGGACCGUUUGGAGAAGUUCAGCUAUGGCUCCUUGUGCUGGCUGGAGUGUGGAGCUGGAUUUACUUUGAAUGGAAGUAAUUCUACUUACUGCACAUCACAAGGGAAAUGGAGCCAAGACCUUCCUGUUUGUCAAGCACAGCAGUGCAGCCCCGUAAUUGACCCCUCUCAUGGUACUGUAACCUGCACACAUCCUCAUGGGCAGUUCAGCUUCGGUACAGUGUGUGAAGUGAGCUGUAAGGAAGGCUUCAAGCUGCAUGGCACACCCCGAAUGGAGUGCUUAGAGAUGGGGAAGUGGACAGACACCCCACCCUUCUGCUUGGCUCAACAGUGCCCCCUUUUGACCGCUCAAGAAAAUGGCUGGAUGAAUUGUUCUCAUCCUCACUCCCUGUUUAGCUAUGGCUCACAAUGCUUCUUGGGAUGUGAGGCUGGAUUUGAAAUUAAAGGACAGCCAGGCAUGGAGUGCUCUGCUUCUGGGAACUGGAGUCAGGAGAUGCCCUCUUGCACUGCUGUUCGUUGUGCGCCCCUCUCAUUCUCUCAACUUCCUGAGCUGGAACCUCCACCCUCAAUGAACUGCUCUCACCCACAUGGAAACUUCAGCUUUGGAUCUCAGUGUUUUUUCCAGUGUGCCAAAGACCAUGAGCUCAAUGGAACCAGUCAGCUCAUCUGCACCUCCAAAGGGUACUGGACCAACUCUCCACCCAGUUGUGUUGUAAAGGAGAUGUCAAUGAGUGCCGGCAUGCUGACGUAUACAGCUGUGGGAGUUGCUUCUUCAGCUGGUAUACUUCUGCUUGGAGGACUAAUGUAUUUGUUGAUGCGCCAAUUCACCAAAAAGGCAGCUCAUUACAGUCUGAAUGAUGAUCAAUGGAAGGGGGAUUUGAACCCGGCAUUUGAAUUCAAUUAAAAAAACAAAUUUACUCAAUGUUGUUUUUGCUUCCAAUAAAUGAAUAUUUGAAUAAAA